AUGGACCCCCAUAGCUUCAUAGCACGGGCGGAAGCGCAACGAUGGCUCGGCAUCGCCGAGAAGCUGCUCAUGGGCCAUGACCUCGUCGGCUCCAAGACAUUUGCGAUCCGAGCACGAGAUUCCGAUCCCAGACUCGAAGCUGCUGAACAGAUCCUAGCAAUUGCCGACACGCUCCUCGCCGCCGAAAAACGAGUCGUCGGAAACAACGGCGCUCAGCAGCCGGAUUACUACGCGAUUCUGCAGCUCGUCAGGUUUCCUUACUCCGAUCAAGCGUUUCAGCUUGUGAAUGAUGCUUGGGCUGUGUUAUCGAACCCUAUGCGGAAAUCUAUGUAUGAUUCGGAGCUUGAUUUUCCGCCGCAACAACAGAUGAACACUAUAGGGUUUAACCUCGAACAACAGCACCACCACCAGCAACAGCAUCACCACCAGCAACAGCAGCAGAGUCAUCAGCAGCAUAAUUUUUUUUCGAUUAAUCACAUGGGGUCGAGUCAUGAGCAGGAUUUGCCUGAGCCACAACAGACAUUUCAAACUAGGGUUCAACAGAGUCAUCAACAGCAGCAAUUGCAGCAGCAUAAUUUUCUGUCACAACCGAGUCCGGUAAGGCAAGAGCAACUAUUUCAGCAUCGUGAACAGGAACAUCUGUUUCAGCCUCAAGCACAACCUUUUCAAGUUUCAUCUCCGCCGCAUCAACAAGCUAGACAACAACCACAACCUCCUCCUCAGGUACAGCCUUUUCAAGUUACAUCUCCACCACAUCAGCAGAGUAGACAGCAACUACAACCUCCUAAGCGUGAGCAGGAGCAACUGUUUCACCACCGGGAGCAAGAACAACUGUUUCAGUCUCAAGCACAACCUUUUCAAGUUGCAUCUCCACCCCGGCAGCAAACUCGACAACCAUCACAACCUCCUCCGCCACAGGUUCAACCUUUUCAAGUUGCAUCUCCGCCCCGGCAGCAAACUCGACAACCAUCACAACCUCCUCCGUCACAGGUACAACCUUUUCAAGUUGCAUCUCCACCCCGGCAGCAAACUCGACAACCAUCACAACCUCCUCCACCACAGGUACAACCUUUUCAAGUCACAUCUCCGCCACACCAACAAACUCGACAACCACAACAACCUCCUCAGCCACAGGUACAACCUUUUCAAAUUACAUCUCCACCACAUCACCAAACUAGACAACCACAACAGCCUCAGCCUCCUCAGCCACAAGUACAACCUUUUCAAGUUACAUCACCGCAUCAGCAUCAGCAAAUCCGACAAUCAUCACAACCUCCUCAGCCACAGCCACAGCCACGUAUGCAAUCACCAAGUCCCCCUCCGCCUGCAGCAGCACCACAACCCCCUUUUUCUUGGACGCAAGCACCACCACAGCAGCAGCCUCCGCCUUCUCAACCACAACCUCAGCCACCCCCUCCUCAAUCACGACCUCAACCUCAACCUCAACCUCAGCCUAUACAUCAGCCUAAGCCUCAGCCACAGCCGCCACCUCCCCAAUCCCUUCCCCAGGCCCAAUCACCACCUCCACCAGUCCAAUCCCCCCCAACCACAGCAACAACUCCAGCAGAAGCAAGAACAGCUCCAACCCCCACCCCAACCCCAACCCCACCCCCACCCCCACCCCAACAACAAGAGCAAGAGUCUCAAGUACAUAAUGCUGCUCCUAUGGAGCUUCCUUCUCAAGUCAACAGUAACAAUGGUGUAAUGGAAGAAGAAAUAGAAACAGAAGCUGAAGAAGAACCCGAUGAAGUUGUAGACAAUUCCCCCACCUUUUGGACUUCAUGUCCUUUCUGUUACUACAUGUAUGAAUACCCGAAAGUUUAUGCCGAAUGUACCCUCCGUUGUGACCACUGUCAAAGGGCAUUUCAAGCUGUACGUAUCCCCCAUCCACCACCCAUAACAGAAGGCCAAGAAGCAUAUUUCUGUUGUUGGGGUUACUUCCCAUUAGGUGUUUCCAUGUCACAUCUAGAUAAAAACAAAACCCAAAGUAACAAAAAGACUUGGACACCCUUUUCACCUAUGUAUAAUCCCUCAACUAAUAUCCAAAACCAAAACCAAAACCAAAAACAGAACCAUUUAAAUGGUAAAGCGGCCCCGAAGGAGAAUACUUUUGUUAACAAAAGUUCGGGGCCGCGUAUCCACAUUGAUGCUAUUGAUGAUAUUACAGACGAUGUGUUCAUGGAAGUCUCUAAACAAACUUCUGAUUCCGAUUCCGGUUCCGGUUCUGGUUCUGGUUCUGAUUCCAAUGCUAGGAAAAAGAUGAAGAAAGAUCCGGAAUUGGAAUUCGAAAACAGGGGGCGAGAUGUUGGUAUUAGUGCACGGGAUGCUAAAAAUGAAAUCUUGAAGAAUCUUGGAAAUGGGAUGGGAGUUGAAGAGAGUGGGAAUCCAAGAAGGGAAUCGGGUAGGGUUGGAAAGGAAUUGGGGAAGUUGGAUUUGAAUGUGGAAUUCAACAAUAAUGAAGGGCAUGGACAUGGGCAAGGAGAAGGAGAUAAUGUUGAAGGGAAUGGAUUCUUUGAAGGACUUGAUGAGUUUUUAAGCAGUUUGCCAAUACUUUCUGUUGUGAAUGAAGAAAAGGUUAAAGCUGCUUAG